UUCUUUCUCUUUUUUAGGUUUAAUUUUGAACUUGUCUAAAGCAAUUCCAUGCGGUUCAUCUCGGCAUAUUUAAUAUAUAAUUAACCAACAGAUUUGUUUGCUGGAAGUGUAAGGGCUGUUUCCGUUUCAGCGAUCGUAAACUGAAGAAAUGGUGCUGAUUGAGCCUCACCCCACUGAUGAACAUCAAAAUCAACAAGAAGAAGAAAAAGAAACCACGAAAGCGACUUCAGUAUCGUCAUUACCAUCAGAAACGACGACGGGUAAUCCAGCAACCGCCGCUGCAUCAGCAAAUGCCACUGGAGGUGAUGCUGCCUCCGAUGGAUUCGAAACAGCUAGCGAACGUGACGUCAGCGACAGCGAAGAAGACGACCGCGCGCGCGAUCAACAGAAAGGUCCCGAUUCUUAUCAAGAUGCCUUAAACGACGACGAAUUAAAAGAGAAAGCUUUGUCACAAGCAAAUGAUGCGAAGAUGGAAGGAAAUAAAUUGUUCAGAAACGGCCAAUACGAGGAGGCAUUGUUGCAAUACGAGAUUGCUUUGCAAGUUACGGCGGAGAUGCCUUCGGCCUCCGAAAUUCGUUCCAUUUGUCAUUCAAAUUGCGCAGUUUGCUUUAUGAAGCUGGAAAAAUAUGAGGAAACAAUCAAGGAAUGUAGUAAAGCUUUGGAACUUAAUCCUUCUUAUAUUAAAGCUCUUGUUAGACGAGGAGAAGUUCAUGAAAAGCUCGAACGUUUUGAGGAGGCUAUUGCUGAUAUGAAGAAGAUAUUAGAAUUGGAUCCUGCUAAUGAUCAGGCUAGGAGGACCAUUCGCCGCUUGGAACCACUGGCUGCUGAAAAGAGAGAAAAGAUGAAAGAGGAGAUGAUUGGAAAGCUGAAAGAAUUGGGCAACUCUGUUCUGGGUCGAUUUGGGAUGAGUGUUGACAACUUCAAAGCUGUCAAAGAUCCAAACACUGGCUCAUAUUCUAUAUCAUUCCAGCGUUGAUAUCAUCACUAGCCACCAGCACAGCAUGUGGUAUAUGCAGCGA